GGCGAAGGGAGAGACGGCGUGCCGCUAUCCUGCAGCAGCGACUCACACGUUCACGCACGCUCCCCCGCGCACACACUCCCUUCACUCCGCAAGCAGCGACGCAGACUCUCCGGAGCUGGUCACCACCACCGCACAUCCGCCACAACCAUCACAACUUUCAGUCAUCAUGGAGCUAGACUUUGGACAUUUUGACGAGCGAGACAAGGCAUCCCGUACCCCGCGGGGCGGGCGCAUGAAUGGACUUCCCAGCCCCACCCACAGCGCCCACUGCAGCUUCUACCGCACUCGCACUCUGCAGGCCCUCACCAAUGAGAAGAAAGCCAAAAAGGUGCGCUUCUAUCGCAACGGAGACCGCUACUUCAAGGGCAUCGUGUACGCCGUGGCCAACGAUCGAUUUCGCACCUUUGACUCGCUCUUGGCCGACCUCACACGCUCGCUUUCUGACCACAUCAACUUGCCGCAGGGCGUCCGCUUCAUCUUCACCAUUGAUGGAAUGCGCAAGAUCGCAACCUUGGACGAGCUAGAGGAAGGGGAGAGCUAUGUUUGUGCAUCAGAAAACUUCUACAAGAAGGUUGACUACACGAAGAACGUCAACCCCAACUGGUCCGUGAAUGUAAAGGCCUCAGCGAGCCAGAAGAACAUGCAGUCCUUAGCCGCCAAGGCCGCCAGCGAGCCCAGAGAGAGCAAGGACUUUGUUCGACCCAAGCUAGUGACGGUGAUGCGCAGCGGCGUGAAGCCACGCAAGGCCGUGCGCGUCCUGCUCAAUAAGAAAACAGCACACUCCUUCGAGCAGGUGCUCACCGACAUCACAGAGGCCAUCAAACUUGAAAGUGGGGUCGUCAAGAGGAUCUACACACUUGACGGCAAGCAGGUUACCUGCCUUCAAGAUUUCUUCGGUGAUGAUGACGUCUUCAUUGCAUGUGGACCAGAGAAAUUUCGCUACGCCCAGGACGACUUCUCUCUGGACGAUAACGAAUGCAGGGUGAUGAAGGGACCCAAAGCUCAGCGUGGUCCAGCAAAGAGCCCAGGUCAGAUCAAGCGCAGCAAGUCUCCUGCUGAGUCGACCAACGGGACGGGCUCCAGCAGCCAGCUCUCCACCCCGAUUUCCAAGCAUUCCCCCACCUCCACCCCCAACAGCCCGGGCCUCAACAACAAGCAGAAGGACCUCUACCUGCCCUUAUCUCUGGAUGAUGACGAUUCUCUCGGCGAAUCGAUGUAGACUCUCCUCCGGCAGCCUGCCUCCUUAAUGGCCUGAAACACAGAAGUUUUGAUACCUCUGCUGCUUUCCACCUUCACUCACAGUGCCACCUGUUGUGUAGGAGAACCACUCUUUGUCUCUUUUUAAGGCCUUAGCCACCAGGGCUAUGACACCAUUUGCUGCUUGAGAAUAACACAAACUACAAACCUUUUUCUUUUUUUUUUUGAAAAAGAUCAGUUUCGACCUUGUCGUAACAA